CGACCGGAGGGGAGACGGACAGACCGGGGACACAGCAAAGACAGCAGAACCACUCUCACUGGAUACGUCCUGCACACAGAAGGCCUGAAACUAUUGAUUCCAGUGCAGUGUUGACACAGAAAACCAAAUAUAGAAAUGGUGUUCAGAGGCACAAUAACAGUUGCUCCGGACUUUGAUCCCACCGCUGAUGCUGAGAACCUUUACAAUGCGAUGAAAGGCAUCGGUAGUGAUAAAGAGGCCAUAUUGGACCUGGUCACCUCAAGGAGCAAUGCACAGAGGGAGGAAAUCGUUGCAGCGUACAAAUGCAGCUUUGGACAGGACCUGAUUGAGGAUCUGAAGUAUGAGCUGACGGGCAAAUUUGAGCGUCUCAUCGUCAGUCUGAUGAGAACCUCAGCCUACCAUGAUGCCAAAGAAAUCCAUGAUGCACUCAAAGGGGUUGGAACAAACGAGAGAUGCCUCAUUGAAAUCCUGGCGUCUAGAAACAACAGACAGAUGCAUGAGAUGGUUGCAGCAUACAAGGACGCCUAUGGCAGUGACAUAGAGGAGGACAUAAUCGUGGACACGUCAGGACACUUUAAGAAGAUGCUGGUUGUUUUACUUCAGGGGACCAGAGAUGAGUCAGGAGUGGUGGACGCAGACCUGGUGCAGCAGGAUGCACAAGAUCUAUAUGCAGCCGGAGAAGAGCAGUGGGGGACUGACGAGGCCAAAUUCAUCAUGAUCCUGGGAAACCGCAGUGUGACUCACCUCAGCAUGGUUUUUGAUGCAUACGAGAAGAUUGCCGAGAUGUCCGUAGAGGACAGCAUCAAGCAUGAGUUGUCUGGGGACUUUGAGAGGCUGAUGCUGGCUGUUGUCCAGUGCAUAAGGAGUGUCCCCAUGUUCUUUGCCAAGCGCCUUUACAAGUCAAUGAAGGGUCUUGGUACAGCCGACAACACCCUGAUCAGGAUCAUGAUUUCUCGCUCCGAAAUAGACAUGUUGGACAUUCGAGAGUGUUUCCGCCUGUUAUAUGAGAAGUCCCUUUUUAACAUGAUUAAGGAUGACACGUCAGGGGAUUACAAGAGGACACUGCUUAAUCUGUGUGGAGGAGAUGAUGACUUAGCUGGAGAGUUCUUCCCUGAAGCUGCUCAAAUAGCCUACAAGAUGUGGGAAAUGAGUGCCAUGACCAAAGUCCAGCUAAGGCCAACAGUCCGCCCUGCAUCCAGUUUGGACCCCGCUGCUGAUGCACAAGCGCUGAGGAAGGCUAUGAAGGGAUUCGGAACAGAUGAAGAUGCAAUCAUUGACAUUAUUGCACAGAGAAGCAAUGCUCAGAGGCAAGAGAUCAGACAGUCCUUCAAAUCCCUACUGGGACGGGAUCUGAUGAAGGACCUGAAGUCUGAGCUGUCAAAGAACUUAGAGAGGCUGAUCAUUGGGCUCAUGUUGAACCCUGCAGAGUUUGAUGCCAAAAUGAUGAAGAAGGCAAUAGAGGGGGCUGGGACAGAUGAACAUGCUCUGAUUGAGAUCUUGGUCACCAGGAGCAAUGAGGAAAUACAUGCCAUGAACGCAGCUUAUCAGGAUGGCUAUAAGAAGUCUUUGGAGGAGGCCAUUCAUUCAGACACAUCAGGCUUCUUCUGUCGCAUCCUUGUUUCUCUCGUGCAGGGUGCAAGAGAAGAAGGCCCUGCAGAUGAAGAAAGAGCAAUUGCAGAUGCUCAGGAACUUGCUGAAUCUUGCAAUGCCGAAUCUGAUGAAAUGGAGAUUAAGUUCAUGAGUAUUCUUUGCACCAGAAGCUUCCCCCAUCUUAGGAAAGUAUUCCAGGAGUUUGUCAGAUACUCCAACAAGGACAUUGAACAGAUUAUCAAGAAGGAGAUGUCAGGAGAUGUCAAAAACGCAUUUUAUGCAAUCGUUCGCAGUGUAAAGAACCAGCCUUCCUAUUUUGCAGAUCGUCUGUACAAAGCCAUGAAGGGCCUCGGUACGGACGACAGAGCGCUGAUCCGCAUCAUGGUGUCCCGAAGCGAGGUCGACCUUUUCAACAUUCGUAAAGAGUUCAAGGAAACACACGAUGUCACCCUCCAUGAAUUCAUCCAGGUAGAAACUAUGAUCGGUGAUACCUCAGGAGACUACCGUAAAACGCUGCUGCUGCUCUGUGGAGGAGAAGAUUAAACUGGUCCAGUCUCUGCAGCUCCGUCCACAGACCUCGAUUAAAACCCACGAGACAAGCCUGGUCACUCAGUAAAACUGCGGUGGUUAACGUCAAUAUCUGUUGUUGUUGUCCCCAAACUGCUGCCUCUCCUCAGCCAAACCCAGUGACCUAUGACCUUCUAGCCUUCCAAGCCAGUUUCCUGCUCUCGGGUCUGAUCGUCCUGUCGGGAUGAUAUCUUUUUUUUUUUUUUUUUUACAGAGUCAUAUGUAACAUGAAGAUGUUCACAUCGCUGUAAAAAGAUGCUUCACAUGUACAGCAUAUUGGAAAUUGUCAUGUGUAAUAGUGCCUUCAGAUUGCCGGCUGUCCAAAGAUUACUGUGAUUUAUGGUAUCAUAUAGAAUAAAAUUAUUAAAAACACUCUCUCCCUUCUUGGAAAACAUUUUAAUAAUAAAGUGUAGGUGAAAUGUAAAUCAUGCUAGCUCACAUUUUCCUUUGCUUUUGAAAAAAAUAAAUGUGGGUGUGGUGCCCUGGUUUGUGUUGGGCAGGGCAGUUCAAUGAUUAACUGUGUUGAUACUGGCAAUAGCAACGGGCUGAGCAGAAUGAGAACUAGAAUAUUAAACAUCGGUAAACUACCGCUCCAAUUCAAUGUCUCUUCUGCUUAAUAAAAGCAAACAUACCCAUACUAUUG